AUGAAUGUUACCAAUUCUUUAAAUACUUCAAAUUAUAUUAAAAAAGAAGUUAUUAAUGAAAUGUCCAAUGAUAAUACAACAAACAUUGAUUUAAUAAAUAAUUCCAGAAAAAGUAGUGUUAUGUUAUCGAAUUAUCGUCUUCAAACUCAUGUAACUGUUAAGAAGUUUAAAGAAUUAUACCUUGCUGGAGAGUUAAAUGAUAAUAUUUUAACACCGAAACAUAAAACUAUAUGUAAAGAUAGUAAUAUUAAUAUUGUUAAAAAAGUAUCAACUUUAAAACAAGAAUGUAAUGUCAAAAGAAUGAUUAAACUACCAUCAAGAAAAAAAUUUCAAAUUGGUGCACAAGAUAAAUUUGAAAUGGCUAAAUUUAUUGCUGGUAGUAUUCAUUUUAAUUCAUUAGCCUAUAAUAUGACGACAAAUAGCUGUUUUGUUCAUAAUGAAACGUCUGAAGGAUGUUUAAAAUUUAUUAUUCCACUUAUACCAUCACAACAGACUCAUACUUUGAAAAGAAUUGAUGGUGAUUCUAAUGAAAUUUUUGAAAUAGAAAUUAAAUUGCCACAUUCUGCCAUUGGAAGAAUUUACCCGGAUUCAACAAAAAUAAGAAUUAUUCUUGAUAAAAAUAUUGAUAGUAAUUGGAUAUCACUUACUGAAGAUUCUGAAGAAUUAAUUGAAUUUAAAAAUGAUCAUCGUGAGGAAAUCUUUCACCAUUAUCUUAAAGAAAUUAAAACAGUUUUAACUACUGUUAGUACAGUAGAAUUUACCUUAAUGAAAGCACAUAUGGUUUGGAUGAAUUAUCUUAUAAAAAUAAGUUUUCCAUUUCUUCAAAGAACAUUGAAUUUAGAAGCUAAUAAUAGAAAUGAAAUAAAAAAAUUUCUUAAAAAUCAUUUAUAUGGUUAUUCACCUGCACGUCGUGUAACAAAAUCAAUAACUAAAUUUUCUGAAAUACAAAAUGCUUACAAUGAAUCAUCUGUACAAGAGUAUCAUCAACAAUAUGAUAAUGCAAAUAGUUUUCAUGUUAAAGUAACAAAAAAUAAUGAUACUACUGUGGAUGGAAAAGAUUAUAGAAUAUGGAUUGAGAAUAAUAAUUCAUAUAUUAACGUUACCUACCAUGGAAUGAAAAAUUUUGUACAGCUUAAACAUAUUGAUGGAAUACCACUCAUCAUACGUUUUGAAGAUAUACCAUACCCUCAAUAA